UUUUUUUUUUUUUUUUUUUUUUUAAGAAGCUGUCCAUCAUGUGUACUUAGCUGGAAUGAUUAUUUUAAAGUGCAUGUCCUAUUUUUGCCAAUCUGACAGCUGUUUCCAUAGAAACUAGAGAAGAAAUUGUAGUUUUCAGUAAGAGUUGUUAAAACUGUCUCCUAGCCAUCAGCAGUGAGUGCGAGUGAGUGCGCACUACUUGCUCAUUCUGAGAUGGCACUUGAAGAACUAAGGGUUUGAAAUGUUCUUAGAGGCUAGCAAUCCAAAUUGUGUAAUUUUCUCACAUCAUUAAUUUCCUAAUCCUACAAGUCUGCCAGCUAUGUUUGUUGGCCUGCCACAGUUCUUUGAAGAGCACACGUCAGUCCCAGUUCUUCUUAGGUGCUGUGUAGUGUAGUGACUGGCUCUUUGAAAAUGUAUAAACAGAUUUCUUUCCCCAUUAAAAACAUUUUUUUUUUGAAGGAUUAAUCAGUGAUUACGGAUUAACAACUACGGUUUCUAUUCUGGAUGGCACUUGAUUGCCAGUGUUAGAAAUGCUAAUGAUUUUAAUUAUGUACCUAGUGUUUGGAGCUUUUGUUUUUACCUUCUAUGGGUAGACUACGUUAAAUAUGUUUGCACCUGCUCUGAAAUGAGCACUUUUCUCAUGAGCAGAUAGAUCCCAGCAGUUCGAAUAGGGUGCAUGACAUUUGGAAGAGAGUUUAUUUUCUGAGGGGGGAUAUCUAUACACUAGAUGUUCUGUCAUUUAGCAGUGGAUGAAGGAGGCUUGGAGAAGGUGCCUUUGGAACUGGGAAGCUGGAAGCAACAUUAGGAAGUUUAUUGAAAAGCUCACAGAUAACCAGUGGAAAUUACAGAAGAGCUUGCUUGGCUUAGGAUUCACAAAGUAACAUACCCUGUAAACACUUAAAUUGCCCAGAAAGAGGAAAUACUGGAUUCCUCAUAAACACCGUUCUGCCCCCUGAAUUUCACGUAGGCUUUUUAUAAGACUUAUAUCUGUAUCUAUUCGUGUGUUUGUCUUUACUAGCUUUACUGAUUGGGCAGGCAUUUUUGUCUUGUCUUUGCUUUUUAUCUGCUACACAGAGUGGCGUCUGACUUGUAGCAUUCAUUCCUAUAAUGAUUUAUCAAUGAAUUAAUGAAUCAAUGACUAAAACAAUCCUUAACCAAUGAGAUACAGGAAUGUUUGGUUAAGAUGAUCAACUUUUAUUAAUUUGGUUGGCAACAUUUUAAAAUAGGUAAAUUUCACAUUAAGACUGAAUUUGUAGCGUUUGCAGAAACGUUUGUAACAUUUGGCAACAUAAAAAACAAAUUUUGUUAUAUAGUUGGGCCUCCUUUGUGUGACUGUUCACAUCUGCCUGGCCUUGCUGCAGCUUGCCUGCAUCUAUCACACUAACCCGCACUGUGCAGAGCUGUCCUCUUAUUCAUUUUAAUAAAAAUGAAGCAGAGUACAAAUUGUGCUCCUCAUAUGCACCUAGCCACACGCCAGGGCUGCCAUAGUGGACAGCACAGGGAACAUUCUAUAGGAAGUCUUAUGUAGUGUUGCUUUUGGCAUUGGACUUUGCUUCUCCUGUUACCCUGUUGGACUGAAGUUUUGUUUUUAAAUUGUCUUGAACAGCUCUGUGACUCAAGUGCUAGAGUACAGGCUCGCUCUUCUCAGCUUCAGGGCUCUUGCAGGUAGUAGCACGUCCUGCUGUUUGUAGAUUAGCAUAUCAUCUUGGUUAUGGAUCAGAGCAAUGUAUCUUAAUUCAUUUCUAAAGAAAGGGUUUCUUCCUGUAGGCUUGGCUGUCCUGGGACUCGAUCUGUAGACCAGGGUGGCCUUGAACUCACAGAGAUCCCUGCCAGCUUGUGCUUCCUGAGUGCUGGGAUUAAUGAUAACCAAGCAAAAGAAAGAUGAGCCUCCUUUAUGGACUGCAGUCUACCAGGAUAAAUCGGUUUCUCUCUGGAGUGAAUAACCUGGCCAACAGGAGACAGUGGACCCCCCCAGCAAGCUGUCCACUGGCACCAAAGCUCCGAGCAGUAAAUGCAUACUGGGGACUGAACACAGUCAGUCAUUGUCAUUCAGUGACCUUACUGCCUAGAAACUUUCUUUUCUGUAGGACUCUCAAUCACAAAAAAUCAAGAUGCCUCUCAAGUGCCCAAAGCAAGGAAUUGGGGGUGCUUACCUACAGAUGUACUGUGCGGGGUGAUUCUGUUCUAAGACAAGGAGCAAGGAAAGUGGCUGGCGUUCCUGCUCUCGCGGCCUCCUGUUCUCCAAGCUGUCCUGCCGUAAUAGAGGCCCGGAGUUUCCGUACAUCUGCAAGGGUUCAGGCUGCCCCAGUCCCUCUCUUGCUGCUCAUUCUGAAGCCAGUGCAAAAGCUCCUUGCUAUCAUCGUGGGCAGUGGAUGGAAGAAUUUAAGAACGAUCUGCUGCCUGAGAGAGACCCCCGCUACCUGACUGUGAAAGAAAUGGUUUAUCAUCUGACACAGUGCAAUCGAGACGUCCCGGGGAUCUCGGAGACCAACUGGGUGGUUCAUGUGGUUGACUCCCCAGCCGUCAAUGCCUUUGUGCUCCCAAAUGGACAAGUGUUUAUUUUCACCGGGCUUCUGAAUAGUGUGACGGACGUGCACCAGCUGUCCUUCCUCCUGGGCCAUGAGAUCGCACACGCAGUCCUGGGGCACGCCUACAUGUUUGAUCGACCAUACAGUAGAACAUUGGAGGCCGAAGCUGACAAAGUUGGACUACAGCUGGCUGCAAAGGCAUGUGCCGAUGUAAGAGCUAGUUCAGUGUUUUGGCAGCAGAUGGAGUUCUCAGAGAGUCUUCAUGGCUAUCCCAAGUUGCCAGAGUGGCUGUCGACACAUCCUUCUCAUGGGAACCGAGCUGAGUACUUGGAUAGACUCAUACCACAGGCUCUCAAACUCCGGGAGGUCUGCAAUUGCCCGCCACUCUCUGGCCCAGACCCUCGGCUAUUGUUCAGGCUUACUGUGAAGCGUUUUCUUGAAGACUCGGAGAAAGAGGACCUAAACAUCACUGUCAAAAAGCAGAAAACGGAUGCUCUCCCCAUGCAGAAGCAGGAGCAGAUACCACUGACGUAUGUCCUAGAGAAGAGAACUGCAGGCUGAACGGAAGUGGGUGAAUCGUGGGCUCCAUGAGCAGCACAGUGGACCUUUUCCUUAUUACGCAACUUUUAAAAAUGAUGUUUUCAAGGAAAAAAAAAAAAGAAUGUUCAAAGGCCAAGUCACUUAUAUUAUAGAUAUUAUCUGGAUUUUUCUAGGUUUUUAUCUUUCAUGAAAUAUUAAUGUGUUUCCACCUAUUUUAAAAUACUGCCAAUGAGGAAAACAUCACAGAAUAAAUUGAUAUUAUGCAUUUCACUGUCAUCUGUCCUUGCCUUAGUUUGUAGUGAUUACUAUAAAGAGCUUCCUGCUCAGCCUGAAGUGGGUUUUGGAGUCUGGGUGGUUAUAAAGUGGGAACUGACAAUCUGAAAGUGGCGGUCUGUGCUGGGGUGGAGAGGAGUGUGGAGAGGGGGGACACUCCUGAGGGAGAUAGUUCCAGGCGGUGCAGCAGGCCGGUUCUGUUCAGAGGCACAGGAAAUGCCUCUGGUGGUCCAGGUGACAGAGUGAGCAGUACAGUAGGAGGGAGGUUGGUCUUCCUGUCAUGGUGAUGUGGGGAUUGCGAUGUUCCCACUAUGGGCAUCACCUGGGAGACAGGAGCGAGUGCUGCCCUCAAGCUUCUCGCUAGCUAGCUGACAGCAGCCAGGUGCUGUGGGAGAACAUGGGGGGAGGGGUCAAGGUGCAUGUCCAGGGAAGCCAGAAGUUGAUGACUGUGUUGUAUAGGCAAUGUGAGUUAUUUAGUCAGUUUUAUUUGUACUCUCAAAUUGGUGAACAUAGGUUUCAUCUUUUAGAGGGAUGCUUUUCUUGAGAGACCUUAAAUAGAUACUUUGUUGGAGAACUAGAAGUGCAAGAAAAUACUUUUUAUGAGUAACUGCUAUGGACCGAGGCCUUAAAAGAUUUGCUUUACUCUUAAUUAUGUAUGAGUGGGAAGUAUAUGCAGCUUUAUGCGAUGUCCAAGGAGGCCAGAAAGUGUAUUAAAUCCCUAGAGCUGGAGUUCUAAGUGGCGGUGAACCUGACAACUGGACCUGGGUCUUCUGAAUGAGCAGCACGUAUUCUUAACUACUGCGCCUUCUCUCUAGCCCCCGAGCCAAGCCCUUUUUAUUUCAGUUAUUCUAAAAUCGUACGAGGCAAGUUUGAUUUUCAUUUUAUGUUUAUGAAUGGGCUUGGAGAGGCUUAACAAUGUGUCCACUUACCAGAAAGAACAGAAUUGUAUCUCUGGUUCCAGUUUGCCCAUUUGUACAACUCUCAAGUACCAAAGGCAAAGCUAUAAAAGGACAAGGAACAAAUUGCAUUCUUGAUUAUCUGUUAGCUUCUUCAAUACAGGUAAACAUCAGAGAGCACCUUGUUGUCUGCAGGAUGGCUUUCUAGGUCAUCUUAGAUCCUUCUGUCAAUCUCCAUGAAAACCUUGGGGUCGGGUCAAGCUCCGCCUGAUUCUUAGUUGUCAAGAAGAGAAGAUUGUGUCAGUUUAUGUAUUGUUUAUAAAGUAUUUCUUGAUCUGCACACAAAACAACAGUUGUGAGAGGAGUUUCCCAGUAGCUAUUACCUGUGUUCCCAUUCUUCACACUACUGUAAAGUUUUGUAAGAGGCACCCCAUAAUGUGCAAAGAUGUUUGGAGAAGAUCACUCAAAGGAAAACUGUAAAGCAUACCAUUUGAUUUCCCUGGAAAGUUUCUAAAAUAUAACAUACCAUAGUCCCAAGUCUUAGCUUUUCUUCCCUGGAAAAGCUAAUUGUACUGUUUAGACUUCUUAGGAAUUACAUGCAAGUUGACACCAUGUCAGAAAGAGCAUGAAUAAAUUAAAGGUAACAUUUUUUUGGUAUAUAUGAAAGUUUUUAAACUAUGGAAUCAGAGAAACACUUGAUUUCAUCUCAGGAUGUCCUGGAGUCUCUUAGGAGAAAUUAACUAGCAGUUGACUGUGAGAUACAUUCAGGUUCUUAAGUGUUGCAUGCUUUUCAUUGUAUAACGUCUGUUACUGUCUGUGCUUUUUCUGUGACUAUAACAUGUCGAUAUUGAACAGCUAACUCAGCUGUUAGGAUCAUGAAGACAAUAGAUCCCAGGUACUAAUUUAAUCCAGAUGUAUGUAUUUAUCACUAUAUGUUUAUACUGAAUAGUACCUGGCACAUCAUUGCCAUUUAGUUAAUACUUUAUUUCCAUUAUAUGAUCAAUAUAAAUCAUUUGUUCAAAAGAUUAUUUUUAAGGAACAAUAUUUUGUGAAGUUUCUGUCUGAUACCCAAGAACUAUCUAUGGGUCCCAAGAAAUUUCCUCAUUUCUUCAUUGGUAAAGCAGGCACUUUAAAUCCUCAGAUUCUAAAGCAGUUAUUCAAUGAGAGGUGCCCAUAAAGCACUCAGCGUAGACUAGAGCUCUGAGCACAAUACAGUUCACACUACUGUUACCGAUGCUCACUUUGUGCUAUGUGCAGUGCUAAAAGCACAGUUGGACCUCACUGCAACUUCACAUAGGGUAGAUGCAUCCCACACCCAUUCCCACUGUAGGUCAAGAAGCUGAAGUUUGGAGGGAUAAUGAAAACUCAUUUGGAUUAAACUAUUAAUAGAUAAGGAACUUUUUUUUUCUAGUAAGAACAGAUAGGCUGGGCAGUGGUGGUGCAUGCCUUUAAUCCCAGCACUUGGGAGGCAGAAGCAAGUGGAUUUCUGAGUUUGAGGCCAGUCUGGUCUACAGAGUGAGUUCCAGGACAGUCAGGGCCAUACAUAGAAACCCUGUCUUGAAACCCCUCCCCCCAAAGAAAAAAAAGAAUAGACAGACAAACUCAAAUUCUAUCAAGAAAAGUCUUAAUAAAACUACUAGUUUGGCAUACAGUUUUAUACAUAGCAUCACAAUGUCAUCAAAGUGCUUCAUUUUCUUCGUUUUUUCUGAGCUCUGGCUCCGAUGAUAUCUAGAUGGCUGCCAGCAACUCCCAGGGCUACAUGCUUCAUCAGUAUGAAGGGUGACUGCCCGUACAGCCAUUGAAACACGUUCAGCACUGUUUCAUGAAGCAGUCACUAUGGUGGCAGCUGGGAUCAUCCUGAUCUCCUUGGACCUCAUACAUAUCAUCCGACAUUGUGACUGGGAGUGGGGACAGUCUCCAGCACACGAACAGAUCACAUUGCACAGUUGGACGGUUGUGGCCACAGUGCAUCUAGAUUGGUCAGUGAGUAGCAAGCCUAGAAUCGAACAAUGUCAUGUUUGGUCUCUUUCAGCAGGCAAAGACACAAGCUCUUUUUUUUUUUUUUAAUUUGGCCUGAAAUGCUUAAUCUGAGCAAUGAUAAUGUAGACUAAGUGUCACAUUGCUGUACUAGUACGUUUGCAUUUGUAGACUUGCUUAACUGUAGUAGGUUUGUUUUAGUCUGAAUCAUGCCUUUGAAACCAGCCUACGAGACUGAAAGGAUGAAUGCCCUCGACUCAUAGGGAGAAAACUGCAGGAAGUGGGUAAGUUGUCUAGCUUCACCUUCAAGAAGAGAGCUGAGCUGGAGUGGGAACGAAAGGGCUGCUGAUUUGUAAGCCACUGUCCUUUCUGUAGUGCUGCAUUCUCGCGAGGAGCGCUAUUGCUUCCUUUUUUUUUUUUUUUUUUUAAAUUUAGGAUGCCAAACUGGAAGGCAUUAAGCAGUGUGUGUCCAUCACUGCUGGCUUGUUGAUGGCACAGCUGUGAGUCCAACCCUCAUCUUCUGACUCCAAAGCCUGCCUCUCAUCCAUAUGUUGCCACUUCCCUUGGUGGACCUCAUAAAGCCAGAAAGGAUGGGAAGUGCUUCUCUUCCCUCACUGUUGGACGGCAGGGCCAACACUUCUCAUCCCUUAUUUAAAAGUGUUCAUUGUACUGCCCUAUGAUGUGUGGGAGAGAAGAGACUCUCCCAAGCGUGUCCAUACCUGUAAAGGCUAAAGUCCUUGCUGCUUCCCUUCCAUUAGAGCCUAGAGCGUUCUUUAGCAGUGGUGAGAAACAGCUCUCAUUGUGCCUCAGUUUCUGGAGCAUCUUGAUGUGUAACCAGGGUUUCUCACUGGCCUGCCUGUUUAGGAGUGGAGACCAGUGAGGGGCACAUGUGUGAUACAGUUUCAGGCUUCCAUAACUCCAUGAUAUAGAAAGACCAGUAGUAGGGGUGGGUGAAAAGAUGGACAAAGUGGUGCUGAACAGACUUGAGAUCCAUGCGCCGGCGCCCUGGAGCAUGUGAAGAGGCAGGGCUGGAGCAGGCGAGUGCCUGGCAUGGACUCACCAUCAGUGUUUAUUGCUUUGCUUCUCGCUGAUGGCUUAUGCUCUACCUACAUUCAAAGAUGAUUUACAGAAGUCCGGGGCCAACUCCUAAGGGGAGACUCCUGCUUGCCAGAAACAGCUAUAAUAAGAGAGUCGUUUGACCAGGAAGCUCACUUCAAGAGAAAGACAUGAUGUAGUCUAGUCAAUGUUUUUUUUUUUCCUCUCCAGACAACUUAAAGUAAUCUUCACCCUGUUUCCAUAUCCUCUGCUGGUGGAGUCUCCCCGAACUGUUUCCAGUAACCUGGCAGAGCUGGAGAUCAACUUCAGUGAUACCAGAAAGACAAGGACAGUUCUCAUGGCCAAAUUUGAUUCCUUUUGUUAACCAAAAUGUCAACAACUUUAUUCAUAUUAGUUGCAUUUCUCAUUGCUGAAGGGAAUUUAAGGAAAGACUUUAGUCUGGCUUACUGAUUGUGAUUUGAGGAUACAGUCUGUCUUGAUGGGGAAGUCAGGGGGCAGGAGUGUGAGGCAGUUGGUCACAUUGUAUCUGUAGUCAGGAAGCACAGGGAGAGGGAGAGAGAAAGGGAGAAGGAGAGACAGAGACAGAGAAACAGGGAGAGAAAGAGAGACAGAGACAGAGAGAAAGACAGAGAGAGAAAGACAUAGAGACAGAAAGACAGAGAGACAGAGGGAGACAGAGAGAGACAGAGAUAUGCUGAUGCACAGCUCAGCUUUUCUUUUGUAUUCAGUCUGGGACCCCAAACUAAAGUUCUCUCCAUUAUAAAGGUGAGUGUUCUAUCCUCAGUUAAGCCUUUCUAGGAAAACCACUCAUAACACAUCCAUUGGUAAGUUUCAAUGGUGUUUUUAUGUCCCAAUAAGUUGACAAGCAUGAUUGACCAUAUGAGACAUCUGAAACAUGUUGCUGACAAAAAUAAUACAAAACUAAGAGUACCAUCAUGUUUGGGCCACUGACACCAAGGGCAGGAGGUACCUACUUAAAGAAGAUGAUGUGAAUACAGAUGACACCAAAGAACUGCCUUUCUCCUUUCUGGAAAUGAAGCCAGGGUGGCACAAAUUUUGUACUGUGUUUUGACACAUGUUUUGAAUCCACUCAGAGUACCAUUUACUGAGACUGAUGUGAAUAACACAUUAUGGUGGUAUACAGCAAGACAAUCCCAUUUGUGGUACCUUUCCAAAGACAUCACUGAGGACUAACAUAAAUUCCCCCUGGGUACUUCUUGUUAGCAAUUCUAAUAGUAGGCAUGGGUAAUAGUUAACACGAGAUGAGAGGUGUCUGGAACCUUCCUGAACACACAAACGGAUGUGUCUGUGAGGGGUUUCUGUUUUAUAUACUAAUCAAUAACUGUUCUUCAUCUUCUCUUCCAGCAAACUGCACUUCCAGGUGGCGUGUGUCCUGCCCAAGAAAACGAAUCAUGAGUGCAGUGCUCUUUGCCAGCCAGUAACUGAUCUAGAAGCAAUGAGUACUAGAUUGGCCAAUAAGAAAUAAAGCAAAUGUUUUUCAGA